AUGCGCACCCUUCCGGCUUUCAUUUUCCCUCUAAACCUAACGCUCGAGCAAGUAUCCUCAAGCGAAACUCUCUCACAGCGGGAAACGCGACCGAGAACGGUUGUACGUCGGGCAAGAGCGCGCCGUUCAGGGAACGGUGUCGAGUUGCCAGCAAACGCACUGAGCACCACUUGGCCUCUAGCCUCUGUUUACCCGAGUGUCUUGGAAAUGCAGUGUGCUCAAUCAAGACAACGAGACUCCAUUCUACUGCAGAGGGCAACGGGCACCGGCAAAGGGCUCAAGUUCAGGUUCGUGAACAGCCACUCGGCUGAUGCGAACGACGGUCUGCGUGCUGGUUCCGGUAAACCUGGUAGCUUGAACGCGCGUGGCUUUGCUGGUGGCUCCGGAGGCGACGGCGCUUCAGGAAUGAACGCAAGCGAAACGGUGCCCUUGCCACCGUGGUCCCCACUCAGCGCCUCAAACGACGACGACGACGACGACGACGAUGACGACGACAGCAGUGCAGAGAUGCCGGACGGGAGCGAGGCUGGCGAGGCUGCAUCGCGCCCUCGACGCGCACUUCUGCUCAUCUCGGAUACCGGCGGUGGUCAUCGUGCUUCCGCGUAUGCCAUUCGCGAUGCCAUGAACGAACUCUAUCCUGGAGCAUUCGAAUGGUUCAUCGUCGACAUGUGGGCCGAGUGGACGCUGUGGCCUUUCAGCUCCAUGCCCCAGUCGUACCAGUUUCUGGCUAAGAAUCCGCCUCUAUGGCGAGCUACAUAUUGUUACGGGUCGUUUCCGCUCACGCGACGACUCACCGAGGAGGUCACAAAUGCGAUCUUGCACGAUCGCAUCCGCGCAGCGAUAAACUGCAUCCGACCUGACCUGGUGAUUUCGCUGCACCCCCUGACUCAGAUGCUGCCUCUUCGGGUACUCAAGAAGAUGGGCAUUAGGGAACGAAUCCCCUUUGUAACUGUGGUAACUGACCUGGGUGGUGCGCACGCAACCUGGUUCGAUCCCGACGCGGACCUGGUGUUCGUGGCCUCGGAUGCGGUGCGGCAGUUGGCGAUCCGUUGUGGUGUGCAUCCCGAGCGCAUUCGACAACACGGUUUACCAGUUCGCCCCGAGUUUUGGGCCGAUGCCGAGAGAAACUACGAGUCCGAGCUCGAAUCCCUGAAUCGAGCGCAACGCAUCCUCGAGUCGCGACGUGCGUGGCGCCGGCGGCUCGGUUUCCUCGCGGAGCAUCGGCGAACAGUUCUCAUUGUUGGCGGUGGAGAUGGCGUUGGCGGCCUCACGCGUAUUGCACGAGCGGUCGUCGAACGACUAGACGCUCUGGCGACGGAGUUGCGUGCGCAGUCACCACCUGCAUCGCCGCAGUUCCAGGUCAUCGUUGUUUGCGGGCGCAACGAAAGAGCGCGCAACGAACUGACGCGCUGGGCCCGCGAGCGGCAGUCCCGACACGGUGAUAACGCGCACACCACGGAGACGCGUACGAACCUAACGGUAUUCGGAUUCGUUUCCAAUAUGGGUGAGUUGAUGGCGGCCGCCGAUGCCAUUGUCACGAAAGCCGGACCCGGUACCAUCGCCGAAGCAUUGAUUCGGGGCGUACCGAUAAUGCUGAGCGGCUUUCUCCCGGGCCAAGAGGAAGGCAAUGUACCUUUUGUGGUCAAUCAUGGUGUGGGUGAAUACCACCAGGGACCCGUUGCGAUUGCGAAUCGUCUCGCCGAGUGGCUCGCCGACGAGACACUCCUCCUGCGUAUGGCGAUUCGUGCACGGGAUCUGGGCAAACCGCUGGCAACCUACGAGAUCUGUCAGGAUAUAGCAGAGCUGGCGCAACGGUUUCCAGGUUACCCCGAUACACCGAACGAGUCGGAUACGAUCAUGGGGCAGGCUCCGGGGAACAUGCGCGAGCUACGCAACGGCAACAGCGAUCGUGGUGAUGUGGGUCUGGCGGCGCCCUCGGCGGCACGCCGUACAGACAGCACCGACGCUCAGCGCCGGCCGCUCGAUGCCACUUGUCGAGCUGCACGACAACCGCAAGCUACCUGGCAUAGCAGAGUCGUUUCCGUAUCCUAG